AUGCUGGGACUCUGGCCCAGUCCCACUAAACCAUUCUCGGCCCAGAUCGUCAAAGUUGUAACGACCCCUGAAGACUCUGUUGUCUUACCAACCCACAGCGGCACCUGCUCUUGGACGCCCGCGUCGCCCACGCCGCCUAGUCUCGACCCCAACCUUGUCACCCCUGCCAGCUGCAACCGUUCUAUCGACUCGGCUUCCGACUUCCCCGGCCACCUGCCACCCCAACCACCAAGAGCUGCCACCUGUUCAGCACUGUCACACCCAUCGUCGCCCACUCUGCCACUGUUGCUGCCACUGUCACGCUCGCUGUCGCUGUCACCUUCCCGCCAGAUUCCGUCCAAGUCUCCCAAUCCCAAGUCGGAUUUUCUUGGUUCAUCGCCCAGCGCUUUGGCUUUGGCUGCUAAUCUUAAUAUUGCUGGUAUUACUUGUACCAUCCAAGUUCCCACCACCAAUCCACAUCCAAAACACCAAAUUCGUCGCCCAUCCCCCGAGUUCCGCACUCUGCAAGCCGCCCACCUGGAACUCCCGUCGUCCAUCGUCGCUGGCUCAUCAAACCGAAUCGACGACUCGUAUCCAGUCAACAACCACGGCUCCGAUUCGAUCCCUUCCAAUCCCGCCGUGUUCGAGCUCGACGCCGCCAAUCUUGUUCUUAUCGGGAAGGGUACGGAGGAGAACCCGCCAAUUGAAUUCUUCACCCUCGAGGACCCAUUUUGCACAUUUCGCUCACCGACGCCGUCGCCGCCACCGUGGUGCCCCUUACUUCUCCCACCUCCACCACCACCUCUCCUCCCUACGUCGCCUCGGCUCCGCGAGUUGCAUCGCCUAUUGCCGCCGAGUGCACUUCUGCCACACCUCCCCCGGAACCAGUGUCAGUCACAACACCCGGCCUCCGUAGUAGCCGUGGAUGAGUCCACCGGAAAUCCGCGAAUCCACAGCCCUUCUGUUCAACCAGUUUAUCCCGGUCUCUCGUCACCCGCCGCCCAACAAGGACAACAACGCGAGCACCACCAAGAACUAGAGCAACAGCAAUCAUCCCUUGCUGCUGUCGACUCCAAUACUGCCGCAGCCCUUGCUGCUGCUGCCGCCAACACUCCCGCUCCUACCGUUCUAACACCGCCGCCCCUUGCUGCAACCAGUAAUCCUCAACAACGGGUCGGAAGGCCCGCGAAAUCUGGCCACAAAAAUCCUCAACAGCAACAACACCGUCAGCAGCAACCUCCUUCGCUGAAUCCCAAAAAUCAACAGGACCAGCGACGUCUUCAUUCGCCCUUCCGAAGUCACCGCGCCGCUUCAGCGAGUCCUCACCGUCCCCGCCGUCCCAGUGCAGCUCGUCUCUGGAACCCGACAAACUCAACUCCACGAGCCCCCAAGUCGGCCAAGACCAUCCGCAAGCGACGCCCGUCGACUCCGCCUCUACCUUCCAUCCCCCUAUCGCACCCCGUCAUCACCAGCGAGACAAACCCCAGCGAAAAUCUCCCCCGCACCGGUUCGGGCGAUUACCCCCUUCUCUCUCUCUCCGAGCAGCGCCAGACAAAGCAUUCGGCAAAGUCGAGGCCGAGCCUGCAGAUUGAACAUUACGGCACCAGCGAGAAACGCAUCAGUCUCCCCCGAUCCGUUCGCCAUUCGUACGACGAGAAACGCCCGACAAAUCCCACCCCGACACCCACCGAACCCAACUUCAACUGGCCUCUCCCAGCAGCCAUCCAGGAACAACAGCAAGACUUCCUCCAACCCAAGAAAUUAGAUAAAGGCAAAGGCAAAGAAAUCAUCAUGACCGCCGCAGCAGCCACCUCCCCCGCCGACGCAGUCGAAGAGCGCGGGCGCUCCUUCUCCAAGGACCUCGAACGAGGCCCCGACGUCCUCGAUCCCCGCCUCUCCGGCAUCUCAGGCGUCCCCGAUGGCAUAGGCUCGCCCAUUUCGUCCUCGUCCAACUCCUCCAUCAUGGGCGAGGACGUGCAACGCGACGCUAUCCAAGAAUGGGGCCCCCAACACCCCUGCUACCCCCACCUCAACCCUUACGUCCCAGUCGACUCGCCCGAGUACGCCUCGACGCGCAUCAUCCGCGUCCGCCGCGAUUUCCUCAUCGCCGGCGACCUGGCCCCAACCUUCUCCAACACGUACCCGGACAUCCUCGAUCCCGUGGGGCUCUCGGAGCAGGAAUUCCGCCGCGUCAUCGAGAAGCUCAACUCGGAUCUCGUCAGGAUACAUAACCCUUACAGCUUCCGGAACAUCCUAGACGCCACGCUGGGACUGCUGACGGGUUGGAUCUGGGACGAUUUGGGGCUCGCAGGGAGUAAGAGCCAGCUGAAUCGGUUAGAGAAGUGGAUUGAGCAGUGGAAUAAGGAGAUGGAGAAGACUUUGGGGACGGAGGAGGGGUUGGUGCCUCCUAAGAUUAUACCGUUGAGGAAAACGGCGUAUAUGACGCUUGAUAUACAAAUUCCAGAUCCGGAGAUUGCUCCUGUACCGGCUACUCCUAGUGAACAUGCGAUGUAUGCAGAGAAUAAUGCUGUCGAGGCGUUAUCUUAA